AUGACUAACGGUGAUUUUAAAGAAAAUAGUGGAAAAAAAGAAAAACCUAACAAUAAUGAUGAAAAUAAUGUUGAAAGAAGCUCUAACACCAUCUCAUCAACAAGUGAUAAUGAAAUGGAACAUGUUAAUCGUACUUCGGAAGCUUCAGAAAAAUUAUUAAGAUUAGUACGAAGAGUUCUUUAUGAUGAAUCUAAAGGAUAUGUUAAUGUGACCACCGAUUAUAGACAAGCUAUUCAACCAUUUAAAGAUCGUGAUCCCAUAUCUCCAGGACAAUUUCCUCAUAUUGAUUUUAACGAUGAAUUAGUAUUAAACGAAAAGAAUGAGAAAUACUUUCCAAGUGAUAAUACUGACAAUGAAGAAACAUUUGUAUAUCGAGUAAAUCCUCCUGCUAGAAGAAUGGAAAUUCACUCGGAAUAUGUAGAUGAAAAUUUUUCUUCUCUUGGAGAUGAUUCCAGUGCAACAUCAAGAAGUAAUGCUAGUAGUUUUUAUGAGUUAUCAACACAUACUUACAAUUCUAAAAUGACAACGGAUAGUGAAGAUGAAUUUGAUUACUAUUACUAA